AUGGAACAAAAAAAAUAAACAAAAGAGGCAAAGAGGAAACAGAUCAGAAACAGAUAAGCCACCGUGAUUCAGCAAUCAAAUUUAUUGGAAAUUGAAUCCAACUGCUCCUGUCUGAUGUUCUUCGAUUUUUUCAGGCAACUUAUAUUCAGACAGCAAAAAAUGACUGAUCGAAGUAGCAUAAAGAUCGAAUUCGCUGUUCAGAUAUCCGGCAUCAAGUGCGCAGAUAAAAUCCGGACUGCCCUAGAUGGUUUGGGAGAAGUGGAUAUAGAUCUUGCCAAAGGCAGCGUUCUGGUGCAGACCACUCUUCCAUGGAUUGAGAUUCAACGGCUUAUCGAAGGAACCGGAAGGCGAGCGGUACUAUCUGGUUUCGGAGGUCAGUCUGCUGUUGCGAUUGUAGCCCAUGGAAACGAAUCGAGUAAAGUUCAAGGAGUGGUCCGGUUUUGUGCUUUGGCAGAUAACCAGAAGGGAGCCGUCGUAGAUGGUGUGAUAGAUGGGCUGGAAGCAAGUCGACCCUACAUGCUGAAUGUACACGAGUGCGGGGAUAUUUCAGCGGGAUGCGCCUCCGUAGGUGUUGUCUACGAUUCCAAUGAUAUCGAGUCGGACGAAAAUGGUCGAGCCACGAUUCGGUUCGUUAACGACCGGCUAGCGGUUUGGGAUAUCAUUGGAAGAUCAGUUGUGAUAACAGAAGUAAGCGAGGAUAAAAGACUGUCAUGUGGAAUCAUAGCAAGAUCGGCUGGAAUUUUCGAAAACUACAAAAAGAUAUGUGCAUGUGACGGAGUUACGAUUUGGGAUGAACGGGAGAAGCCUCUUGCUGGAAGUAAACGGCGGGACAAUUCUCAGCUUUAAAAUUGAUGGUCAAACAAACAUGAGGAAAGGUCAUAAAUAGAUAAGUGAAAGCUGUGACGGUAACAAUUAUAAAGCUUAUGAAGCUCAAA